AUGAGGAAAUCUAAACGGAUGUCUGAACCUUGUGCUGAAGAAGAUAGGAUCAGCAACUUGCCAGAACACUUAAUAGAUUCAAUCUUAGGGCGGGUCCCAGUUGCGGAUGCUGUGAGGACAAGCAUUAUAUCAAAAAAGUGGAGGUGUGGAUGGACAACGAUGAGGGAACUUGUUUUUGAUGAGCAGUUCUCUGAAAAUUUUGCAAGAAACAGAGCUUCUAAUCAUAAUGGGUUUAUAAGGAUUAUAAACAAAGUCUUGUUCCUUCACAAGGGUCCUAUCUUGAAAUUUCAUCUCCAUAUACCAUACGUAUUUCUUGAUAGCUUCAAUGAAGUUGAUCCGUGGUUGUCGUUCUUAUCAAGAAACGGUGUCAUGGAACUCAUUCUUACUAAUUCAUCUCGACGUUAUGAACUCCCUUCUUAUGUGUUUUCAUGUUUAGAAUUAAGAAAGUUGAAAUUGGAGAACUGUUUCUUCAAGCAACCACUUGAGUUUCAACCAUUUCUUAAUCUUGAAUAUCUUUAUCUCAGGAAAGUUGAUUUUCGGGCUAACUUGUCUGGAACUCAAAUCUCCUUACCACAGCUAAAGGAUCUGUCCAUGCGUUCGUGCACAGAUGUUAGCAAUUUCAACAUGAAGGCUUCAAAAUUGUCCAGUUUGGUUGUCUUAAAUUGUCCGGGUGCCAUGUUGCUCAGGUUUUUGAAUAAUCCAUCGCUUACUCGACUUGAUAUACAAGAUUUUGUUGAAGGGGAAGUAAUAGAUUUGGCCAGGGUGUUAUGUAACUUGCCCGAGCUUGAAGAUUUAUCUAUUGAUAGUAAUUCUCUUAAGGAUUUCGGAGUUUGCGAUGCUAUUUUGUGA